UCUUUAUCUUGAUGUGCUGCGCUUUUGCUUUUGGACACGUAUCAUAUUGGAUGUUAUUUGUACGAUCGGGAGUGGGGUCCUCCUUGGGAUCAAUAAAGUUGUCUCAAUCUGAUUAUUUUGAGUUUUCUUCUUUGCAUAGGCAUCGUUAACAUGUUGUUUCUCAAGGAAUGUUCAUGUUUAAUGUAGUUUUUGCACAAUCCUGCUGACAAACCAAUGGACAGGGCCACAUGUAUAGAUGUCACAUCUGUUAAAAGUGUUAUGGGCUCUGUUUAUAACUACAGACUGCAAAUCUGAAUAUUUUAAUUUUUCUUCUUUGCACAGCAUCAUUCCCAUGUUGUUCCUCAUGUAACAGCUCUGGGUGGUUUAUGGCACCGUUCUCCCGGUUUAGGUGGUUGUGUAACAGCUUUGAAUGUGGUUCAAAGCUCCUCCUGCACCAACCACAUCCAGUUCAUAGUUCGCGUUCCUUGAGGAGGGGUAUUGAUAAAGCUUAGGCUUCUCUUCCUGUAGGUGCCUCCAGAUGACGUCACCCCUCGUUGACGCGUCGAAGGAGCUGCAGGAGGAUCUCAGGGAAGAGGAAAGUGGGAAGCUUGUUGUGAAAGUUCACUCCUUACGUUAACCACAACAGCAGCGAUGCACCAACGCGUGAGGCACCUCCUGCUCUUGACUCGGUGCGCUCCGGUGCCGUGCAGGAGGAACCCUCGGAUUGUCUCUGCAGCUGCACGACAACAACAACAACAACAACAACAUCGUGGCUGCAGGAACUACGCGUCCGACGCUGCGUACCGCAGGACCUUCGCCUCAGCCAGGGACCAACCCGAGAGUUACUGGGCUGAGGUGGGACGGGACAUCCAGUGGUUUGAGCCGUGGAGUAAAACUCUGCACGCUGAGGACCCAGUGUUCCCGAACUGGUUUGUCGGAGGGAAGUUGAACGUGUGCUACAAUGCUGUGGAUCGACAUGUGGAGAGCGGCCGCGGCGAGCAGCCUGCCAUCAUCUAUGACAGCCCAGUGACUGGAAUUAAACAGAUCAUCACUUUCAGGGAACUUCAGGACCAGGUGUCCAGGUUAGCAGGAGUCCUAGUCAAGAAUGGGGUUCGCAAAGGAGACCUGGUGGUCAUUUACAUGCCCAUGGUGCCCCAGGCCAUGUUCACCAUGCUGGCCUGUGCACGGAUCGGUGCCCCACACAGUCUCAUCUUUGGCGGCUUUGCCGCUAAAGAGCUUUCCGUCCGCAUCAAUCAUGCCAAGCCCAAGCUGAUGGUCACGUCCUCAUUUGGCAUCGAGCCUGGCAGAAGAGUCGAGUACAUCCCUCUAGUGGAGAAAGCCCUGGAGCUAAGCUCUCACAAGCCCUCUAAAGUUCUCAUUUACAACAGGCCUAACAUGGAGAAAGUAUCAGUGAGUCCGGAGCUGAAUCUUGACUGGGAGGAAGAGAUGGCCACUGCUCAGCCACACGACUGUGUUCCUCUUCCCUCCAACCAUCCACUGUAUGUCCUCUAUACCUCUGGGACCACUGGAACACCAAAGGGUGUGGUGCGAGACACUGCUGGCUAUGCUGUGAUGCUGAAAUGGACCAUGUCAAAUAUUUAUGGACUCAGUCCUGGAGAUAUUUGGUGGGCAGCGUCAGACCUGGGCUGGGUGGUCGGCCAUUCAUAUAUCUGCUAUGGUCCCCUGCUCCAUGGAAACAGCACAAUUCUCUAUGAGGGUAAACCUGUUGGGACCCCAGACCCUGGAGCAUUUUUCCGUGUACUGUCUGAGCACAGAGCCUCCUCCAUGUUCACAGCACCCACUGCCAUCCGAGCCAUUCGCCAGCAAGACCCACAAGCUGAAAUUGGGAAAAAAUACCCCCUGGCCAGUUUGCGGUCACUAUUCUUGGCAGGAGAGCGAUGUGAUGUGGAGACAUUGGAUUGGGCAAAGAAAAAAUUUGGCGUUCCUGUCCUGGACCACUGGUGGCAGACUGAAACCGGCUCAGCCAUCACCUCCACAUGUAUUGGUCUGGGGAACUCACUCACACCACCUGCAGGCCAGGCUGGAAAACCUGUUCCAGGUUACAAUGUCACGGUGAUCGAUGAUGACAUGCAGGAGGUGAAGCCAAGAACCCUGGGAAAUAUAGUGGUGAGACUCCCUCUACCACCUGGUGCUGCGUUGUCCCUCUGGCAGAACCAGACUCUGUUUAAGGAACUCUAUUUCACCAAGUUCCCAGGUUAUUACGACACUAUGGAUGCAGGUUUUGUGGAUGACGAGGGAUUCCUUUACAUCAUGUCCCGGUCUGAUGACGUCAUCAACGUGGCAGGUCACAGGCUGUCUGCCGGAGCGUUGGAGGAGUCUGUGCUGCAGCACCCUGCGGUGGGAGACUGUGCUGUGGUUGGUCUAGAGGACGCUCUGAAGGGUCAUGUUCCCUUGGCCCUGUGUGUGCUCAAGAAAGGCAUGCAGAAGAAUGAGGAGGAGAUUGUAAAACAGAUGGUGAAGCUGGUGAGAGACAACAUCGGACCCGUCGCUGCCUUCAGGAAAGUGCUCUUUGUCCAAAGUUUGCCGAAGACGCGCUCCGGAAAGAUCCCUCGAUCCUCUUUAGCCAAUCUGGUCAACGGCAAACCCUUCAAGAUAACUCCGACCAUCGAGGACGCAGAAGUUUUCAAGGACAUCGUGGAGCAGGUGGAAAAAUCCCUGAGACCUCAUGCAGCCUGAAUUCAUUUAAAGGGACGACAGAGAAAACUGAGGUCAGAUCAAUCUGGUUUCACUGCGUCUGCAACGCAGCAUGUUCACGUCACAGGGACACUAACGCAAACGUGAACUCAGGCUGACACAUGCAUUUUUUUCUUAAUCAGUAUCAAUCGGUACCCUCUUUUCUGAUUUGACCAAUUCCAUGAUGCGGGGUUAAUAUUUGUGUUUGUAACAAUGAACUACAACGUUUUAUAUGUAAUCUGAAUAAUAAUGUAAACUAUGCUGUUUGCAUAUUCACAACAAAUAGAAGCAGGUUGAAGCUGCUGUUUGGACAGUUUGAUACUGAACAUUUGUGAUUAUGAAUGAAAAAUAGUGGACGACUCCUUCACUGACAGUUUUUUUAUUGACAAUGAAAAUUUGUUUGCUCACCACUUAGUUUUUGACCAAAGUACAAGAAGUAAUAAAUAAAAAAAACAAAACAUGGAGACAAAAUUAAAUGGUUCGUCAUUCGUGCAAAUCGAACAUGUAAAAAUAACUUAAGAGCGUAAGACUUGUCUUUGUUGUCGUCCAUCAGAAAUAACUAAAAGACAGAUAACAGGGCCGUACAAUAGGUUGCCCUGGAAACUCCGACAGAAACAAAGAGUCAACGGUUACACCAAUGUAAGUCACAGCAAGAAACAGGUUUUUCUCGUUUUAAAAGACACCUCACUUCAACAUGGUCAUAUACACUCUACGCACACUAUGAGCUGAAGCGGUCUGUCUUUCAGUUAUUUCAUCUGUUCUGUGAACGCACUGUCUGAGGGACGGGCGAGAAGGCCAGCUUGGCUGAGUGUUUGUGUAUUUGUCCUUUUUGUGUUAUUGUAUCGCCUGACGAAACGUACAGUACAACAAGUGACAGGUUCUACAAAUGACCUCCUGCUUUUUCUUUUGUUCUGAGAGGAAGUUUUUGUGCAACUUCGGAGAGCAACAGCAUCUCUUUGUUUUGUCCUUGGCUACUAAAGAGUCCGUUGAGUUGAUGCGGUUGUAUCAAAGUGCUUGUUGUGUCGUUCCAGUGCUUCGACGCGUCCUCGUUAAAAUGCUCGUGUGACGGCGAGUCCAUAAGAAAGGUUGUUGAAGUUUGUUGGUGCCAGGAAUGUAGUGUUUUUGUUCACCGCUAGAGGGCAGGUUUUCACACAACAUCCAGUCUCUUCCUCUCAAUGGUGCAGCACAGGUUCGUCAUAAUCAUCAUCAGCACAAUGAAAAAAUAAAACCAUAUGUACAAAAUGAUCUAGGAAGGGACGGGGGAGUAUGGAGACAGUUUGAAGAGCAGCAUAUAUUAAUCUAUGGUCCACUAAAUGAGGUGGCAGGGACAUUUUUUUCACAAACUCUGAAUAUCUUUUUAUACAUAGAUGUGUGUAUAUAUAUUUAAAAAAAUGGCGUAUUUAUAUUAAUUUACAGAUAACCUACACAUCUCCUGUAGAAGAAAUACACAGUACGUUAUGCUUUGACAAGUUACUGUACAUG